UGAGUGACAGGAUACAGCCGCUGUGCUGCUGCUUGUUGCAAAUGAGGGUAAAAGAGCCAUCACCCUGGUCAGGUCCUGAAAAGACGAGGAGGAGUAGAAGAACAAAACGAACACCAGAUGAGGAUUCCUCAGAUGACAUUGUUGGUCUUACUUGCCAUCAUGUUAGCCAAGCAGUGGAUGUAAACCAGGUCAAAAGAGCAGUAUCACAAAAUGUGUGGUCCUUAUGUUUAGAUUGUGUUAAAGAGAGGAGGAUGAAGGAUGGAGAGCCUUUAGCCCCAACUGAAGUAUGGCUGUGCCUUAAAUGUGGCCAUCAGGGCUGUAGCACCAACUCAGAAUACCAGCACUCCAUGAAACAUUUUCAAACGUCACACACUGUGCCACACUGCGUUGCAGUCAACCUUAGUACAUGGGUCAUUUGUUGUUAUGAAUGUGAUGAGGAGCUUUCCACUCACUGCAACAAGAAAGCACUGGCCCAGAUGCUGGACUUUUUGCAGAAACAUGCAUUGCGCUCUCAGAAAGGGUGUUCAUUGAAGGUCAUUUGCCUUCAUGAAGAAAGCAGUGAAAAGGUUAAAGAGAGGACCUCCCUGAAUAGCACAUCAAUCCCUGUGAAGGGCAUAAUAAACCUGGGAAACACCUGUUUCUUCAAUGCAGUCAUGCAAAACCUGACACACACACAUUUGUUAACUGAGGCUCUGGCUGAAAUGAGAGAGAGAGGUGCAAAACUAAAGAUUGACCUAACUGAAGAAGAUUUGGGUCCAUUGGUGAUCAGUCUCUCCAAUCCUGGGCCACUCACUUCUGCAGUGGUCUUGUUUCUGCACAGUAUAAAAGCAACCGGCAAAGAGCCCAUGUCUCCUAAAAUGCUCUUUAGCCAACUUUGCCAAAAGGCUCCAAAGUUUAAAACCUUUCAGCAACAAGACAGCCAAGAACUUCUUCACUAUUUACUAGAUGCCCUACGUAUAGAAGAAACAAAGCGCAUACAGUCUGGAAUUUUAAAAGCAUUCAACAACCCGACAACUAAAACAGCAGAUGAAGAUACAAGGAGAAUAAUCAAAGCUUAUGGAAGAGAAGGUGUAAAGACGAAUUUUAUUGAUAGAGUGUUUGUCGGCGAAUUAACCAGCACAGUCAUGUGUGAGGAAUGUGAACAUAUUUCCUCUGUGAAGGAAGCUUUUAUUGAUCUUUCGUUGCCAAUUAUAGAAGGGAGGGUAUCCAAACCUGUAUUUUAUGGAAAAGGAAGCAAAGUAAGAAGUACCCCGGGAGAUGUCAGUACCGUGUGCAAUUGUAUUAACAGGAAACACUCACCAAUCAAAGACAGUCAAUGUAACCAGUGGAGAGAAGCACAGCAUUUACCCAACGAAUCCACAUCUAGUGACAACAAAAACCUUGAAUUAAUGCAAGAAAACAGGGAGAAGUUUGAAGUUGGUACAAAUAUGAUUGUUCCCAAGACUGUUAAGACUGGCAGCCAGUCAGAUGGCAGUGAAAUAGACAGGGACAGCCAACUGGAAAGCAGCGGAGAUGCAGAUAGUGAAGCUUCAGAGUGCGAAAAUGUAUUACCCCAAACAGAGAUCAACAGAGAAAGUGAUAAUCAUGCAAAUCAUAGAACUGAUGGAAAUCAUUCUUCCAUUAAUGAUUUCUUACACUCCUCACUUGAUGCUGUCACAGGGCCUCUGUCGAAACUCAGCCUGAAUUCUGUGGAGGAAAAUUUGGAUUCAUGUGAAGGGGGGCCUUGUUCACAUCCAAAGUGUAUGCUGUCCCAGAAUCCUCAGACUGCUUUCCAAACACUCUCCCAGGGCUACGUAACCAGCUCCAAAGAAUGCUCUGUGCAGUCCUGUCUCUACCAGUUUACAUCUGUAGAGCUCUUGAUGGGGAACAACAAACUGCUGUGUGAGAAAUGCACUGAAAACAGGAUGAAGUAUCAAAGGAAAACUCAUUCUGCUGAGGAGAAACAAGAUACUGUGUAUACAAAUGCUAGAAAACAGCUUUUGAUUUCUGCAUUACCAGCCAUUCUCAUUCUGCACCUAAAAAGAUUCUGCCAGAAUGGGCUGACGCUGCGCAAAAUCAAUAGGCACGUGAACUUUUCUUUCAUUUUAGACCUGGCCCCUUUUUGUGCUGCAAAUUGCAAGAAUGUGGUAGAAGAGAAGAGUGUCCUGUACAGUCUUUAUGGAAUAGUGGAGCACAGUGGAUCAAUGAAAGGAGGACACUACGUAGCAUACAUCAAGAUCCGAAUGCCUUCUAAAGGACCAGGUGAAAAUAUCUCUCAUUCACUUCCUGCUCUGAAAGAUGGAGUAUCAUCUUGUUCCAGCCAGUGGGUGUAUAUUAGUGAUACAAACGUACACAUGGUGGCUGAAUCCAGGGUGCUAGCUGCUCAAGCGUAUCUUUUAUUUUACGAGAGACUGUAG